CUAACGCUCUCCGGUUCCGGUUUCCACCAUAUCAUACCAUCAUGCAGCAUGCAGCAUUCCCGUCGUGAGAGAAGAGAAUGAGUGUUGAGCUUAUUGUUGGCAAAUAGCGCCGAUAGCCCCCGUGACUAUCAGCCGUUUUCUUAAUUUGCGUAAAAUAAGCGUUUCUCAGACAAUCUUUCACGUUGAAUGAGGUAUUUUCCGCCUGUGUUGAGGCCGAGUCAGGACGAGAGCGCGCGGAGCCUAACCUAAAGAUUUAACUGCGGCCGCCCCCCAAAACGUGAGCGAGGUCUCACACCUCACGCCCUGCGCUGCUGCUGCGGUGAGCCUGUGUCUGGGCAGCGUCCCCCGAGACUCCCUGCUCGCCUUCACCUUCGCCGAGGUGCGUGGACUUUUCUGGCUGGCUGCUGCUGCGUUUUGAGAAAAACAGAUCAUGAAGGGGCUCUCGACAGAUCGGCCGUUCGAGUGCAACAUCUGCCAAAAGAAAUUCUCUAGAACUGACACCUUGCGUGAUCAUCUUCGAACACACACAGGCGAAAAGCCUUUCGAGUGCGCUAUCUGCCGAAAGUCUUUUACCCAAUCUGGGAAUUUGCGUAAACAUCUUCGAACACACACAGGCGAGAAGCCUUUUGAGUGCGCCGUCUGCCGAAAGUCUUUUGCCCGAUCUGAACAUUUGCAGGCUCAUCUUCGAACACACACAGGCGAUAAGCCUUUUGAGUGCGAUGUUUGCCAAAAGAGGUUUGCCCAACCUGGACAUUGGCAGACUCAUCUUCGAACACACACAGGCGAAAAGUCUUUUGAGUGCAAUGUUUGCCAAAAGAAGUUUUCUGAGAGUGGGCAUCUAAGCAGACAUUUCCGAAUCCACACAGAAGAAAAGUCAUUUGAGUGCGUCAUCUGCCGGAAGUCUUUUACCCAAUCUGGAACUUUGCGUGAUCAUCUUCGAACACACACAGGCGAGAAGCCUUUUGAGUGUGCCGUCUGCCGAAAGUCUUUUGCCACAUCUGGAUCUUUGCGUGAUCAUGUUCGAACACACCACACAGACGAUAAGCCUUUUGAGUGCGCCGUCUGCCGAAAGUCUUUUGUCAAAUCUGAAUAUUUGCGUAAACAUCUUCGAACACACACAGGCGAUAAGUCUUUUGAGUGUACCGUUUGCAAAAAGAAGUUUGCGCAACAUGGGCACUGGCAGACUCAUCUUCGAACACACACAGGUGAAAAGUCUUUUGAGUGCAAUGUUUGCCAAAAGAAGUUUUCUGAGAGGGGGCAACUAAGCAGCCAUUUCCGUAUUCACACAGACGAAAAGUCAUUUGAGUGCGUCAUCUGCCGGAAGUCUUUUACCCAAUCUGGAACUUUACGUGUUCAUCUCAGAACACACACAGGCGAGAAGCCUUUUGAGUGUGCUGUCUGCCGAAAGUCUUUUGCCACGUCUGGAACUUUGCGUAAACAUUUUCGAACACACAGAGGCGAUAGGCCUUUUGAGUGCACCAUCUGCCGAAAGUCUUUUACCCGACCUGGAAAUUUGCGUAGUCAUCUUCGAACCCACCUCGACGACGACUAGCUCUUCGGUAAACGUUAAACCUCUGUGGUUUCAUCUUCAAACCGCAACGGUCAAGUCUUUUGAUUCGCACUGUGCGCCAUACGAAGCUAUACAUUUCAAGAGCUGUAAAGAUAUGUACUCUGGAUUGGCUUUCUGAAAUAUAUACUCUUAAAUUAUUUGUCAUGUUGUUCUAUUGACCUUAUUUUUCUGGAUUGUCCGAAAAUCAAAUCCGCUGCUAUGAUACUUAAGUGGCAGAGUUUGUAAGAAUUAAUGUUAUCUGUCUGAUUUUGUUAAAUAAUACACCCGCUUUAUAAUAUUUCCAUA